ACAAACACAACCAAAAAGGAGACACGAUGAAGCAAGCGGUGAUUCUCCUCUUCAUGUUUCUAAUUCGUGAAGGUGGAUGUGUGGAAAUUGUUGGUGGCUGGGAGGUUAAACCACACUCAAAGCCAUACAUGGCAUUUCUUACUAAUUACUGUGGUGGUGCUUUGAUUAAACCAAACUGGGUGCUGACGGCCGCACACUGCCAUGAGAAAAAUAUUAUUGUGAUCCUGGGCGCUCAUUCACUUACUGAAAAUGAAGAAACAAAACAGUUUUUUAGAGUGAAGUCUGCUAUCAUUCAUCCACAAUAUAACCCAAAAAAGUACAGAAAUGAUAUCAUGCUCCUUCAGCUGAGCCAAAAUGCACAACUGGGCAAAAGCAUUUCAACUCUUUCACUUCCUGAUUUUGAAGAAGAUGUCAAAGCCGGGACAAAAUGCAGUAUCGCUGGAUGGGGAACUACCAGGUAUAAUGGGAGCAUGGUGGACAAGCUGAGAGAAGUAACUGUUACCGUUAUAGACAGAGAUGACUGCAAUGGCCCCAACUAUUAUGAAAAGAUUGAAAUAACACGUAACAUGCUGUGUGCAGGAAAUCCAAACGGAGGAAAAGACGCCUGCCAGGGAGAUUCAGGGGGCCCGUUAUUAUGCGAUGGGGUCUUUAGAGGAAUCAUCUCAUUUGGUGAAAAUUGUGGGCUGCCUAACAAGCCAGGAGUCUAUGUGCUGAUUACAAAAGAAUACCUAGAGUGGAUUGAAAAAGUGAUUGAGCAAUAUGGUUAAAAUCCAUUUCUGUAAAUGCUUUGCCUUUCAUAUUAAGAAUAGAUUUUCAGUGUAUUUAACCAACCUGUUCUGUGAUAAUCGCAUUUAAUGGAAGGCUUACUCAUUUAUGCUAUCAAAUUUAA